AUGGGUGAUUUUCUUAAUCUAUUUGACUUGCUUCUUUUCAUGUAUAUCUUGUUCAUGUCCAUUGCUUUAGCACUCAUUGAUGGCCAUUUUGCUCUUCCUGAACACAUGUUUCAUCCUUUGUUGGUGAACCUAAAGAACUGGUACAUUCAAGAAUUUGGUGAUUAUUUAGUUUCUGAGAAACUCCAUUUCUUUGUUGGCUUAAUAUGGUUGGAUCUUUUCUUUGCAUGGCCACUUUGUGUCCUUAGUGUUUAUGCCAUUGCAAAUGGAAAAUCUUGGAUUAAUACUACUUGCUUGCUCCAUGGGGCUUCCACUCUCACUUCACUGGUGGCGAUGCUAAAUGAACUGAAGGAUUCAGAGAGAGCAUCAGUCAAGUUGCGGAUGGCGUAUCAUCCAUGCCUAGGAUUUGGUGUUUUAGCAAUUUUACGUGGCCUACUAUCUUAUUCUGGCAAGAGUGAGAGCAUUGGAAAAACAAUUGCUAUAAGCAGGAAGAAGAGGGCUUAA